AGGAGUGGGUAUCAGCUCCACCAUUAUGACCAUGGGGUGGCUUCUCCUCCAAGAAGCUCUCACCCCACACUGUCAAAGCCCCCAGACUCCCACCAAGGCCUCAAGGGUUCUGGAGUGUGGGUGUCUCACAAAGGGGCAAUGUUUUCCCUUGUCAUUGGAAUCACCAUGGCAACGUGGGUGUUGGUGGAUCCCAUUGCACAUGUACCCUAUUGCAGGAGGCAACACCCAUGUUCACCCCCUAAGGCUGCUGUUUGUGGGGUGCCAUCAUCUCUUCCCUGCUGGGUCCCAUAAGGCUGACUCCCUGAGGUGUCCAGCUCUGUUCCUGGCUCACCAUGGUGGACGCAAUGGGGAAACCGAAGCACUCAAAGCCAGCUGUGUCACUGGGCAUGUACAAGAGUUUGUACAAGAAGGACUAUCAGUGGCGUAAGGAGUACAGGCCACCCAGUGACAUACAGAAGCUGCAGGUUACGGAUGCCCAGCUAAAAGCCAAGGAGUUUGCUGUACCCCAGGAGAGGCCAGUGAUACCCUACAGUGACAGCGUUGUCAGGCAGAGGAGGGAAGUCAUCCCAGCACUGAGCAUCGAAGCCAUCAGUCAUGCUGGUAGUGCAGGAGAGAGGAUGCCAGACAGCAGCAGAGCCUUGCAACAGGGAAAGCACCUUGCUUCCCUCCUUCCUGCUGCAGAAAGCUACCUACCAAAGCACUACCCUGCCUCCCAGCUGGCAGAGAAGGCAGAGAGGCUGCAGGCUCUCAGUGAGAUGGAGAAUGAGCGGCCUUGUUGCCAGCAUCUUCCAGUGGCUGCUCAGGCUGCUGGGACAGCAGGGAUGCAGCUGCCCAGGCAGAAGCUGGUCCCGGCCUGGGCCACCUACCAGCAGUUCAUCAGGGAGACCAGCCGGGACAGCCAGAAUAAAGGUCUGCAAAUCAAGCUCAGGAAUGUGGGCUCCUCUGUUCUGGCUGGAGGUCAGUGGAUGGAGGUUGUGGCAGCUGCCCCAUGAGGGUGACCUGUGGCCUUCAGCCUCGCUUUGGGGGUCUUAAUUUAACGCAGGAAGAGACUAAGGAAGAAGGGAAGGUGAAUGACACUGGAAGGGUCCACAGAGCCCCUGUAGCUGUCUGUCUAUUAGCAGGGAGAUGAAGGGCAGAGAUGAGGUUGGAGUAUUGUGAGUAGCAUUUCUUUCAU